AUGCUUAAAGCAAAAAAAGUUUUCGGGAGCAUCCCCAAUACAAUGACAAAAUUAGAGGAUGAACACUAUUUUAUCGAUGACAUCGUAUCAAUUAAAAACAGACAAAAGAAAAAAAUGUACGUCAGGGAAGGGAAACGAAUAGGCCAUGGCUCGUUUGGCACUGUCACACAGUCCUAUCUGUCAACCAACAGCACUGAAUGGCUGGGACCUUAUGCUAUAAAAAGAGUGGUAAAAUCUCCCAAAGUGCAGUCCUUGGAAUUAGAGAUUUUACAGAAUAUCAAACAUCCAAAUCUGGUCACUUUAGAGUUUUUCUUCGAGAGCCAAUGUUCUACCAAGGAUGGUGGGCACUUAUAUCAGAAAAAUUUUGUUAUGGAAUAUAUUCCUCAAACCUUGAGUUCUGAAAUUCAUGAAUAUUUCGACAAUGGGUCUAAGGUGCCUACAAAGCAUAUCAAGUUGUACACUUUCCAAAUACUUCGAGCGCUUCUAGUCUUACAUUCCAUGAACAUAUGCCAUGGCGAUCUGAAACCGAGCAAUAUACUGAUCAUACCAGGUAGCGGUAUUGCUAAAGUAUGUGAUUUUGGCUCGGCACAACGACUAGGGAAUAAUGAAGAACUAAAAACUUAUUUUUGCUCGAGGUUUUAUAGAGCACCCGAACUUCUCCUAAAUUUGAAGCAUUAUACAACGCAAAUAGAUAUAUGGUCGCUUGGUUGCAUAAUAGGUGAAAUGAUAAAGGGCCAGCCCCUUUUCAAAGGUGAUAGCGCCAAGUCACAACUGGAGGAGAUAGCCAAGCUAUUAGGCCGGUUUCCUGAGAGUUCUAUAAACAAAUCUCAAGAAUUACAGAAUACCUUAAAUGACCAAAAAUUCAAGAAGUUUAUGCAUUGGUUCCCCUCUAUAGAAUUUUUUGAUGUGGAAUUCUUGCUAAAGGUAUUGGUCUAUGAUGCCUCUGAGAGAUGGGAUGCUAGACAACUGAUGGCUCACGAGUUUUUUGACGCGUUAAGGAAUGAAACUUAUUUUUUGCCAAGAGGUUCGAGUAUGCCAGUGCACUUACCAGACCUAUUUAAUUUUAGCGCAUCGGAUAAAAGAGCCCUUGGAGAAUACUACAACUCAGUUGUACCGCCUUUAGAUUAG